AUGUCCAACAAGCUACAGUAUGCUGUCCUGUCUCACACACAGGUGUAUGACUAUGACUCCAGCUUCACCCCCACGGCUGGUGAGGACAAUCUGGACGGCUUUAUGUGCGACAAAUAUGCCGUCAGGGAAUUCCGAGGCCAGUACGAACCGCCUCUCUACUGGACCAUCAUCAUCCUGGGCGGCCUGGGCAACCUGACCGUAGUUUGGAUCUACCUCCACUUCCGCCAGCGUCUCAAGACCAUGACCGAUGUCUACCUGUUGAACCUAGCUGUGGCCGACCUCUUCUUCCUGGGCACUCUGCCCUUCUGGGCCGUGGAGGCCACCCAGGGAUGGAGCUUCGGCACGGGCCUCUGCAAGGUCACCUCGGCCCUUUACAAGAUCAACUUCUUCAGCAGCAUGCUACUGCUCACCUGCAUCAGCGUCGAUCGCUACGUGGUCAUCGUCCAGCCCACCAUGGCCCAGAACUCCAAGAGACAGCGGCUGAGCUGCAGCAAGUUGGUGUGUGCCUGCGUCUGGCUACUGGCCGUGGUGUUGGCCCUGCCCGAGUUCACGUUCGCCAACGUCAAGGAGCUGGAGGGCCAGAGCUACUGCACCAUGGUUUACUGGAGCAACGAGAACAACCGUACUAAGAUCCUGGUCCUGGCGCUUCAGAUCUGCAUGGGCUUCUGCCUGCCCCUGCUGGUCAUUGUGUUCUGCUAUGCCGGCAUCAUCCGCACCCUUCUCAAAACCCGCAGCUUCCAGAAGCACAAGGCGUUGCGCGUGAUCCUGGUGGUGGUGGCUGUGUUUGUCCUCUCCCAGUUGCCGUACAACAGCGUGCUGGUGAUGGAGGCCACCCAGGCAGCCAACAGCACCGAGACGGACUGCGAUGCGGCAAAGCGUUUCGACGUGGUCGGCCAGGUGCUGAAGAGUCUGGCCUACACGCACGCCUGCCUCAACCCCUUCCUGUAUGUGUUUGUGGGCGUACGCUUCCGCAGAGACGUCCUCAAGCUUCUCCGCAUCUACCACUGUUGGCCGGCCAAGGGGAAACUCGGCAAGAUCCAGGGAGGCCCCGGGCGCUCAUCAGUCAUGUCGGACACGGACACCACACAGGCGCUCUCGCUUUGA